AUGACCCGGACUGCCUACUGGAAAGCGUUGGCCGUCACUACUGCCACGACAUACCCUUACGCCCUCCUGGUGUCCAAGCUUUCGCGGAUCCAGCUUAGCGAGUUCCAGCCCUGUUCUCGGAGGGCCUGCACCUUCAUCAAAAUCUUCGGAAGCGGCAUGGUUCCAACGACCUUUGACCAGGGCUAUGAUGUGUUUGAAGUGGUUCUCAACGGAGAUACCAUCCACAGCAAGUUGAGCGGAAACUUUCUAAAGCCGCUUUGCCCGUCUUUCUCUCUGCAGCAGAUGCAAGAUGCUUGCAAUGGGAAGUCGGCCCGCAAUAGCAUCAUCAACCCGCUGCACAGCUCACGUUCGCGGCAUGCUUAUGUAUGGUGCAUUGCUGGUUGGUGGUUGUCGAAGAUCCUUCAUGACUGGUUGCUACUCGCCGGGGCGCACGAGUACACCACGCUACGAAUAGGCGUGGCAUCGAUUCUUUUCCAUCUUCUGGCCGUUUGCGCGGCCUUCUUGUGGAGCAUGGGAGCUGUGGAGGUGUUCCUGUCUCCAUUGGGAAAUGGUGAAUGCGCAUGCUACUAUUGCCUACCAGAGCUAGAGGCAAUCCUGGCCAUUGGUACCCCAUGCCUGCUUUUCAUCACCGCAGUGCGGAAGCUGGAAAAUGUCCACCGAGCUCCAUUGGUUGGCGACUACCUGUACUACCAGCAGUAUGAUGCGCCAUUCCGGCUCGCGGACAAAUCGAAUGCAGUGAGCAGUGGCACUCUGUUGGUGGGCUCAGCACAUGGCUACCAUCAGGAGGAGUGGCAGGAUCAGUUGGACAUUGACCAGCUACGGUGCAUCUACAUGUACCUCCUCUUCCUUUGCUACGUUGUGUUUCUGGGAGUUGUCUCUGUUUGUGUGGGCAUUGGCAUUGGGCCAGUGACCGCGAGGUCUAUUGAGCUCAUCCUCACCGCAUCGUCUGGGGGUGGCUGGAUAUUGAGCGUGCUGCUCGCAGUCGUCUUUGCCGCCGUUUGGUGCUUCCCCGCUUUCCUUCUCUUCCGGCUGGCGCAGUCGCUCCCUAUCGAUUGGAUGGCUUUGCGGGCACGGCCCGAACUGUGGGAGUACCAUUUCCCUCGCUUUAACCUCGCUGUCAGAGUGGCUUGGAUCCUUCUCCUUGCUUCCUGCUUGAUCUGGGCUUCCUGGGUCUUGUCCUUGCCCAUGGUGGCUGCCAUUUGCGACCAGUUUUUUGUCUUCGGCCCGCGAGUCGCUUGGCGGUGCGCGCUGGCUGGAAUCAUGUAUUUCGCGUUUGGCAUUCAAAUGUUCGUCUGGAUCGUGUAUCUUGUUCCUGCUCACCGCGCCCUCUACGUCAAGGCUCGGAUGCCUUUUCGGCCCUCAGCGUAUGUGGAGAUCGGCCUGGCCCACCCUGAGUUCAACCUCAAAGCGGAGGUGGAGCUUGCCCAGGAGUUCCUGCGGAGUUGA